AUGGAGCAGUCUCUGCAGGCUCAAGUUGGAGACCUGCGUCGGCAGGUCAUCGAGCUUAGCGCUCUAGUAGAGCGCCAAGGCCUGCGACCUCCGGCGUCGAGUGGCCAGAACACCAGCAUCUCUUCCACGCAGGAAGGACAGGGUCGAGAAGAAGAAGACGAGCUUCCAUAUCUCAACGAACCCAACCACGAUCGAUACCCUGCCACAGCGAUGUGGAUUGUUCGUCUACGAGUCAAGUACGAGGCAGAUCCCCACGCACAGGUGCCACAGCUGCCCCCGUUCAAACACCCCGACACAGAAUUGCCCGCCAACUGGCUGCGCAAUUGCAUCGAACUGCUGAUGGACCGGAAGAUCGAGCAGAGCCGUUGGCCAACGUUGAUCGCACAGGCCUUCGAAGGCCCUCACAAGACCUGGUGGUACAGCGUGUCCGCUGACAAUCCCGUGGGACAGAUGCCGUGGGAGCAUUUUCACACUAAGUUCUUCACCGAAUUUCUUCUGCGCUCUCCUCACCAUCAGCAAUGGGCCGAGCUCGAAUACCUGCCGUAUCAGCAGCUCGACGUGACGACUCUGGUGGAAAGGUUCAGACGUCUCAGUCUUAACAUUCCGGCACUUCUUCCUCUGGACAAGCUGAAGGAUUUCUUUCGGCGCUCGCUGCCGGCUGAUCUGAACCGGGAGAUCGACUACGACGAAAGGGAGGAUCCCUCCGAGGAGAUGGAGGAGCUCUUCCGACACGUCUUGUUCUUCGUCGAAUCGCAUCGCCAGCUAGACAUGCUGGCCGAGAGGCGACGUCUCCGAGACGCGGCCAACAUGGAGAUGAUUGGCUCAAGCUCGCCCGACACGCAUCAGGUAGUCGAUGAGAUUGACAGUAUGAUUGGGACUCGGAACGAGUGA